UGGCUUGGCGGAGAAACGAGGCGCCUUCAGGCCGCUCCUUCUGACCCGGGUGCGAGUGGGAGGGGGAUCUACCUGCGGACAGCCGGUGGCGGCUGCGCCGUCGUUCUUGGAGACUGCCCUUUGCCACACGCCGAAGGGGUUCCCGCGCUCCCUUGGAGGGAGAGGGCUUGGGGCCGCGCCUGAAGGACUCCUCACUUGAAGAAUGUGGGAGGGACGCCUCCCCGCUCCCUGCUCUCCCCGGGGAGCCCCGUCGACGGCUCCUGGUCCGGUUUUCUCUUGGUGGUGACCCUGCUCUGCCUGCUUCAUUCGCCCACGUCUGGUUGGGGUGUGAGGCAAGCGAACCAAAGAGGGUGCGGGGAGGCAAGCAUGAGUGCAGGGUCUGAAUGUGAAUCCCCCAGGAAAAGGAUCCGGUUGGACCACUUUUUCUCUUCCUCCACAACGACUGAGAUCAGCAGCAGCAGCAGCUCCCAGGAAGGACAGCUCCCUUCCUGGACUAGGCAGAGGACACAGCCGUCACCGUCGCCUCCUCUCCCUCUCCCCAACAGGGAGAAAGGGCCCCGAAGCAGCAAACAAGAUAGCCCUGCAGUCACAGUGGGGAACAAAGUCUACAAACAAAGGAGGAUUACCUCUUGGAUGGAGAAUAAAGGACCCAAAACAGUAGAAUCAAAGAGCUUGCAAAACAAAACUAGUAACGCAGAAGCUGAAACCAAAAUGACAUCUCUUAAAAAAGAGCAUGUGUUUGAACAUGAUGCGAAAAAGGUUGAGGAUGUUCUUCAGCAGGGCUGUUCAAGACUAUGUGUUGAAAUGAACACCAAGCAUGUAGCCUUGCCUCAGACAGGUGCCCUGCAUACCUGGGAAACUGAAGGGUUGUGUAGGGAUCAGCAUUUGGAAGCAGAGUCUGUGAAAGGAGUCCAAGCUGGAGACCAGUCAAAGAACACUAAUGCUAAUCAGAUGCACAAAGCUGGCAGUCAGGCUCAUCAGGGAUGCAAUGAAAAUCAGGAAUACUGUACUCAUAGGAAGCUUUCAUCGGGCAGUCCUGUGAAGGUGGUAAAUAUAAAGCAGCUCUCGAAAGACAGUGAUAUGGAAAAGCAAGUGAUUUCGCGAAAUCCACAACCAUUUAAGAACUAUAACUCUGAGCAAGUAAUCUGUGUGACUGCUGAGCCAGAUGAAGUGAAUGUGGUGCCAGAGAGUCCACUUUCAGACGCAGGCUGUGAUGCUUGUUCAUCUGAUUUCUAUGGUUCUCAAAACAGAGAGCACGGAUGCUUUGGAGAGUCGCCUUCUUUUGAAAGAGAGAGUGAACCUGAAUCACCAAUGGAUGUAGAUAACUCCAAAAAUAGUUGUCAAGGCUCAGAGGCUGAUGAAGAAACCAGUCCGCUUCUUGAGGACCAAGGAGACAUUGAUGUGUUAAAAGCAACAAAUAAAUCCUCACGGUUUCGAAGGGCAGAUGCUGACUUGGAGUCAAGAAAGUCACAGUUUGCUUCCCGGAGAGGGGAAGGUGCUCGAUUUAGCCUCCACUUAGAAGGGAUGGAUAAUCCAGCCAAUGAGAGUGAAAAACACACUGAGUCAUCAAUAGUAGCAUCAGAAUGCAAAGGUGUCAAACACUGUGGGAGGAAGGACUCUAAAAUUACUGCCCACUUCAUGAGGAUUCCCAGGACAGAGGAGAAAAGGCAGACUGAACAAAGUGAAUUAAAGCCUCAUCGACCAGGAAGGAAGAUUCCUAAACAUACCCCUCCUCAACUUCCAACUAAUAAAAAAUGGUUUGGGACGCCUAUUGAAGAGAUGAGGAGAAUGCCAAUGUGUGGGACUCGUCUUCCUCAUCUGAGACCAUCGGCCAAUCAUACAGUGACAAUCAGAGUGGAUCUUCUGAAGGAAGGAGAAGUGCCUAAACCUUUUCCAACACAUUAUAAGGAUUUGUGGGAUAAUAAACAUGUUAAAAUGCCUUGUUCAGAACAAAAUUUAUAUCCUGUAGAAGAUGAGAAUGGUGACAGGACUGCUGGGAGCCGAUGGGAAUUAAUCCAGACUUCACUGCUGAAGAAGUUUACCAGCUCCCGUGAUUUGAAGGAGGCUAUCCUCAGAUAUAAUGUUGCUUAUGCCAAGAAAUGGGACUUCACGGCCCUUACUGACUUCUGUGAUAAGGUGCUUGAAGAUGCAGAGGCUCAGCAUCUGUUCCAGUCCAUUUUGCCUGAUAUGGUGAAGCUUGCACUCUGUCUGCCUAGCAUCUGCACCCAGCCAAUACCUCUGCUGAAACAAAAAAUGAACCACUCCAUCACAAUGUCACAGGAACAGACUGCCAGUUUGCUAGCAAAUGCCUUCUUCUGCACUUUCCCCCGUCGUAAUGCCAAGAUGAAAUCGGAAUAUUCAAGCUAUCCAGAUAUUAACUUCAACAGGUUGUUUGAAGGACGUUCACCAAGGAAGCCUGAGAAACUGAAAACCCUUUUCUGCUAUUUCAGAAGAGUCACGGAGAAAAAACCCACUGGACUGGUGACAUUUACAAGGCAGUGUUUACAAGAAUUUCCAGACUGGGAAAGAACUCAGAAAAAGCUGUCCAGAUUGCAUGUAACGUAUGAAGGUACUAUUGAAAGCAAUGGGCAUGGGAUGUUACAGGUUGAUUUUGCUAAUCGCUUUGUUGGAGGUGGCGUCACUGGUGCAGGACUUGUGCAAGAAGAAAUUCGCUUCUUAAUCAAUCCAGAAUUGAUUGUAUCUCGUCUCAUUACUGAAGCCCUGGAUCAUAAUGAAUGUCUAAUUAUCACAGGUACAGAGCAAUACAGUGAAUAUACUGGCUAUGCAGAAACAUACCGGUGGGCCAGGAGCCAUGAAGAUGACACCCCCAGGGAUGAAUGGCAGAGGCGCUGCACAGAAAUUGUGGCCAUAGAUGCAUUUCAUUUCAGACGUUUCCUUGAUCAGUUUGCUCCUGAGAAAAUUAGAAGAGAGCUCAACAAGGCUUAUUGUGGUUUCUCUCGACCUGGUGUCCCACCACAUCACCUCUCAGCAGUAGCCACAGGAAACUGGGGAUGCGGUGCUUUUGGAGGGGAUUCAAGAUUGAAAGCCUUAAUACAAAUCUUGGCUGCUGCUGAAGCUGGACGAGAUGUUGUCUAUUUCACCUUUGGAGAUGCUGAACUGAUGAGAGACAUCUACAACAUGCAUACUUUCCUAAUCGAGAGAGGACAAACUGUUGGGGACGUUUACAGGCUGUUGCUCAGAUAUUACAAUGAGGAAUGCAGGUGUUGCUCUACACCAAGACCAGAAAUCAAACUCUACCCUUUCAUAUACAGUACAGUAGAAUCCUAUGCAGAUUCCACCGAUGAUGAGAGAGGACUAUGCUUUGAUGACUAGAACAGAAACCUGCAGGAUGACUCUCCUUCCUCCUCUUCUCUGUGUUGAAUAUCUAUUAAAUUGCUGGAUGUAACAUAUGGAAUAGCUUAAUUUAAUAUCUGUGUAUAUAAAUAUUGCAUUUGUUUCAUGUUAUGCAUUUUCUGAAGACCAGUCUUGAAAAGAAACAAAUUUUCUUUCUGAUGUAGAAUGUAAACCCCCAACCACCACAUAUAGAACAAAAUAUUUGGUGAAUGCAGUGCCCCCCCGCCCAAUUCAAGGUUGAGUUUUUGAUCUAUGUUCUUUAUUUGAAAAAAGCAGAUUUAUAUCUGCCUAUCCUUUUUCAUUUUUAAAGAGAUAAUCAGGAAUAAACUGCUUGCUUAGUGCACCCUGCAGCCAUAUAAUUUAUGAAGGGAAGCCUUGUGUAUUAUCUGUUCUAUUGGACAUAUAGUUCCAUUUCUAAGGUUGCUGUGGCCCCUUAGACUUCUAAUUUUAGCUUUUCAAACAAAAACCCUGUCUGUUCCAAGUUAGUGAAAGGUGUAAGAUAGGCAAUAUCUAGAAAUAACCAUAAGUACUGUAUGCAGAUUAUAUUGUCUUUUGGCUGGGAAGAGGGACAACAGAGCAUGAUCUACAGAAGAGGAGUAUGAUGGAUCGGCUAUAAAGAGAGCCAAGAUGAAAUUAAGAGAAGGUAGAAAAGACCUUUCAUAUUAUCUCUGACAUUUAAAAGAAAAGAAAAACUUAUAGCAAAAGGGACAUAUAUUGAUGAAAUUGUUUAAUAGCAUUGUUCAAAUGUUUUAAAUUGUAGCAGGUUCUUUGGUGCAGUUGUAUUGUGAUACUACUGGGAUUCAGAUGAAGAAAUACAUCUGUAUAUUUAAGGUACAGUGAAACCUAGAACAGUGUUAUUGUGGUUUCGUUGUAUAAUGCAAAGGCCUCUAAGGCAUGCUUUGUAAGCACAGCCAAUAUCGUUUGAAUCAGGAUAGGAGAAAUGUUAAAGAAUUGGACAAUCGAGCAGAAACAUCAAGGCCAGCCCCAUUGAAGCAAAUGGCAGUUGUGCAGGGCUGCAGUUGUACCCUUUCACAACUCCAGAUUGAUUCAGUGUGGCAUAGGAAAACUUCCUGAUAUAUUUUGUCGGUUGUGGAAAGUGCUUUGAAAAUAAGAAGCAAAUGAAAAUACAAGCGAUUGUUUGCUUGCUGUUUAGUUGGCAAGAUAUUUCACUAGAGAUUGUUCAUAGUGUGACAUGGUACAAAUGUUGCUGUUCUAGAGCGGUUAGUGGGGAAAGCAGCAGCAAGGCAACCUUGUUGCUUAAUGUUGAAUGCAGCAUGAUGGUGUAUGGACUUCUCCAGCUUUAAAGCAAGCUAGGACAGGGUUAAGAGGUUAAUAAGAGCAUUAUUCUCCCAGCAGCCUCCUAAUUAAAGAGAAAGCUGAACUAUCCAGGAUGCUGCAUCAAAGCCAAAGGGGGUAAUUCUAAGUCAAUUCAAUAUUUCCUCUUUUGUCUUAAUUUCUUUCACAGCCGUUCAGUAUCUUUCUUCUGAGCUAUGUGGUGUACUCCCUUAUUUUAGCAAGAGAGAACUUCUUGGUGCUGCACUCUGAAUAUGGAAAGAGCUGAGGGGCCAAACCUCCAUUAGUUGGGAAUGUGCCAUUAUAAUCUGCAGUGUGGUAGAGUACUUUUCUCUCUUGACCAAUCUUUACCUAAAUUCCUCAAUGAUGAGACAUGCAGUUAUGGUCACCCAUGACUGUAUAUAAUAAUUUAUAGAAGGUUGGAGUAUAUCAUUAAUUCUUUAAACUUGCGGGUUGUGCAUUUAUUAUAUUUUUGAUGAAAGCGUGAGGAAUCUGUAUGCUAUGUUUACAUGAUUUUUUUUUGUAAAGGAAAAUAAUAAAACCAAUGAACAUUU